AAAACUAACCAGCCUACGUUCAACUUUUCAAAACUAACCAGCCUAAAUCAAAAAAAGUCGGGCGACCCUUACCUGUUUUUUUCCCGAGCACCGGUCGCCCUCCUCAGGGGCGUCCCCCAUUGGAGUUCAUCAAGCACAGGUCGCCCUCCUCAGGGGCGUCCCCCCUUGAAGUUCUGUGACGUGGUCCGCCCAAUCACGGGCGACCACGUGUGACACUACCCCCUUAAAACCCCCUCCCAGCCACACAAACACACAAUUACACACACAUUUGCACACACUCAGUUUGAAAACAACACUGCAGCAGCCACAGCAAGGAGCCGAAAGGGGAGAUUUUGGUAAAGGAAGGAAGAAAAGUGGGAGAGGAUCGCCCGAGCUAGCAUCAAGGUCGCCCACCCUAGCAAAAAAUUUGAAGAUGGAUCCUGCAGCUUAUCAUCCCGGGCCGGUUAACGGCACUUUGUUGACAUUGCAGGACACGCAUAGGUCCACUUUUGUGUGGAACAGUAGUACGGACAUUCCUGAUCUUAGAGUCAGGACGAACUUCGGUGAGUACUGGAAUGUAGUUGACCAAACCAGGCCGCCUCAGACGAUAAUAGAUGCUAUUAAUGAUGCGGGCUUUGAGUGGGUGUUCAAGUUGGGUCAGGUCAAGCAUGACAGGGGCUUGAUCACUGCUUUUAUCGAGAGGUGGCGUCCAGAGACGCACACUUUUCAUCUACCUUUCGGGGAGGCCACCAUUACACUGGAGGAUGUCCAUCACAUUCUCGGGUUACGAACCACUGGCCGGCCAUUUAUUCUACAUGGCUUCACCACCACACCUCGCGAGAGAUUGGCCAUGAUACGCGAUGUUCUUGGAGUGACUCCUAAGCCGGCUGAUGUGAGGAAGAACGGCUUGAGGAUCGGUUGGUUGAUUGAAAAAUUUGGCGACUGUGCCCGGUUGGACGAGGCAGCGGAGGAUUUUGAUGCACAGACUAUCUUUCACAUCAGGGCACACCUACUGUGUGUUAUUGGAUCGUUGUUUCCUGAUAGCAGCGGGAACUAUGUGAAUCUCAACCUCCUUUGGAUGCUACGUGACUUGCAGAGCGUGGAUGGUUAUAGCUGGGGGAGUGCUGUUCUUGCAUACCUUUAUAGGAAGAUGUGCGAUUCCACCCAUAAAGUCACAAAAAACUUCGCUGGAUACGCCACGUUAGUACAGCUUGUAAUAUACUUGUAA